AUGGGAAAGAUUGAUGGUGGUACUGCUAGUACCGUUCUUAACAAAAGUAAUUUAUCACCUCAAAUCUUAGCUCAGGUGUGGGCUUUAUCUGAUAUUGAUAAAGAUGGCAUGUUGACUGACAAGGAAUUCUCCAUUGCGAUGAGACUUACUAGAAACUGCAUAGCUGGAAUCCCUCUCCCACCUGUGCUACCCGCUUCACUUCAUCAAAUCCCGUCUAUGAACGCAAGUUUUUCUACUCCCUCUGCACCUGUGAAUAUGACUCCGAACCCAAUGAAUAUGAUGAAUAUGUCUUCCCCAAAUGUGAUGGGAACCUCUCCCAUGUCUUAUGGUGCACAUAUGAAUCAGGCUACGCCUCCGUAUCAGCCCAAUCAGCUACUUCAACAUCGUCCUUCUGUGCCAGGACCACCACCAUCAACUUAUAGUUCUGGAAAACAGUGUGGGAAUUGGAUAAUUCCUCAUAACCAUAAACUUCGGUAUAGUCAACAGUUUAAUCAACUGGACAAACAAAGAGUUGGUUUUUUGAGUGGACAGGCAGGAAGAAGUGCUCUUGGAAUGUCUGGACUUCCAACUCCUCUCUUAGCUCAUAUUUGGAGUUUGGCUGAUGUAAACAAAGAUGGUAAACUGAGUGUGGAUGAAUUUUGUAUUGCUAUGCAUAUGAUUGACAUGAGCAAGAAUGGAUUUGCUCUGCCUGAUAUCACUCCGGCCGAGCUUACACAGAUGUGUGGAUUAUCUCGUUCUGCUAACAAUAGCCCUCAGCUGGAACCUGGUGCACCACCUGCGCAAAAAAGCCCUGCUCCCAAAACGUUUGAAGAUAAGAGGAUGGACAACUUUGCGAAAGGUCAAGCUGAACUUGAAAGAAGACGGCAAAUUUUAAUGGAAGAAGAGCAUCGACGAAGGGCAGAAAUUGAAAAACGUGAACGUGAAGAGAUGGAAAAGCGGGAGCGGGAACGCUUAGAAAAAGAAAGACAACGAGAAGCUGAAAGGCAAGCAGAACUAGAAAGAAUGAGACAACAAGAGGAGGUUCGUCUCGAGCAUGAAAGAAUACGGGAAGCUGAACGCGAAAAAGCAAGAAAGGAAGCAGAGAAGCAGAGAUUGGUUGAAUUAGAAAAGGCUCGGGUUAAGGCUUUACAGAAUCAAAAGCAGCAAGAAAUGGAAAAAGGAGCCCAACGUCAACAACGGCAAAAAACUUUAGGCUUCCAAUUACAAGCUUUAGAUGAGAAAACCACAGAUCUCAACAGCGAAGUAACUCAGGCAAAAGAGAAGAUAACUGAAAUCACCAAAUCAAUCGAAAGAAUGAGGGAAGCAAGGGAUGAAAAGCUUACUCGUAUUCACGAGCUGCAAGUGGCUAAUCAAGCGUUGAGUGUUCAAGCACAAGAACUAGCACAUCAACUUUUACAACUUCAAAGUGCAAACAAAGAGACUUCCACUAGGAAGGCCGAGCUUGGAGACACGGUUAAGCGGUUGGACCAUGUUAGAUCUGUCGUAGAAAACAUGAAAGAACAACUCAAGCAAUCGAAAGAAAGAACUGCGAAUCAAAGUAGAUUACAUGAAGAGAAAAAAGGAGAAAUUCAAGGAAAACGAUCCGAAUUGUCGGCUCUCCGCGAAGAAUAUCAGAAACUUCUUACAAAACUGAAUACUUUGCAAACUCAAGCUCGCUCUAAACUAAAUGAAAGUGGGGCGGUUUAUGCUGAACCUCCAUCGGAAGAAAUGAAACAAUCGAUCAUGAGUAACUCAGGACACACCGAUUUGAAAUCAAAUGGCAUGUCCGCAAGCUUACCUAAUGCAACCACUACCGGGACAACUAAAUAUCGUGCAAUUUUCGAGUUUGUCGCUCGUACCGAGGACGAGUUAUCUUUCCAACCAGGAGAUGUGAUUCUCGUGUUCGAAGGUCAUGCUUCUGAACCGGGCUGGCGAGCUGGUCAAAUCAAAGAGAAAGUUGGAUGGUUCCCUGAAGCGUUUGCGGAACCCAUAGGGGCUGUUACAACUUCCAUAGCUCAACCCAUCCAAAACAUGCCACCUAACGUAACGCCAUCGCCAUCUCUUGAUCGGAUCCCCGAAGAAAGUGUGGUGAAAACAGCGGCUCCAAUAGUUGAAGAACAACCCAAUACAUGUGAUCCUGUUAUAUGCACGUGCGUCGCACAAUUCCCCUGGAAGGCUAGGAACGAGGGAGAUCUCUCUUUCGCAAAAGGAGAUAUCAUUGAGGUCAUAAAACAACAAGAAAUGAAAUGGUGUGGCAAAAAAACCGACGGAACUACUGGAUGGUUCCCCAAAAGCUAUGUCAAAGUUCAGUCAAACUCGAAGCCUGCUUCGUUCUCGCAAUCAUUCGAACAAGCUACUCCUGCGCAAGGAUCUCCAUCAACUCCCCAACAAAGCUUUGCAAGCUCAAGACAAGCGUCUGUAGCUUCAGUAACAGCUUCCGCGACAGCCACUGCCGCUUUGAACUCGGCAAUUCAGUCUUUGGCUGCAUCGUCACCACAAUCGCCACAAAAAAAAGCUUCUGAUUGGUAUGUAGCUCUGUUUGAAUUCGAAGCUGUUGAACCUACUGAUCUAUCUCUUGCUGUCGGGGAUAAAAUUCUAGUUGUGGAACAAAAUGAAUCUUGGUGGAAAGGUAAAUGCAAUGGAAAAACUGGUAUAUUCCCAGCAAAUUACGUGGAGAAGCUAGAUCCAGAAGCUACCCCAGUGGCUCAAUCACCUUCUCAUUAUACCGUACUUUGCCGCGUCCGUGUUGUAGCAGACUUCAAGGCAACCGCUGAUAAUCAGUUAUCUGUAAAUGUUGGAGACAUCAUCUCAGUUCGCGAAAAAAGUGACUCUGGUUGGUGGGAAGGUGAAACCGUUCGGGACGGCAACCCCAUAGCAGGGUGGUUCCCGGGAGAUUACGUAGUACCUAUUGAGGAAGUUGAUUCCGGUGCUAAAGAAAUUACAGCAACUGCCCUCUUCGAUUACACAGCUGGUCAAACUGAUGAGUUAACGUUCUCCACCGGCGAAAUUAUAAUUAUUGACAAUAAAGAUGAUGGUGAAUGGUGGACAGGUCAUAAAGCAGGAAAGCCGAACCAGAAAGGACUUUUUCCAGCAAGCUAUGUGCAGCUGAGCACCGCACCUUCUCUAUAUGCCGAACCACCAUCUCUCUAUGAGCUUCCUCCAAUCGAGACUCCUAUUCCAAGAAGAACUGAUGUGCCAGCUCUCUAUGAUUUUCCACCAACACCGGGUACUUAUGAGACAGCUCCAAUGUCUGCUUUAUACGAAGAACCUCCGGUAAUGGACGUUUUCGUGCCAACAGAUAAAUUCUUGAAGUUGAAAGAAGAAAUGAUCACCACAGAAGAGAGGUAUCUGGGUGACUUAGUCCUAGCUAAGAAACUUUUCUAUCAAAAUUUGAUCAAUGUUGUAAGAAAAGCAGAUCUUAAUGCGGUCUUUCUAAAUUGGGAUAGUCUGAUUGAACAAUCGAAAAAAAUGUUAACGAGGAUGAAGAGAAAUGAACCCAUAGGAUCACUUUUCUUGAAUGAAAUCAGCUCACUAUCAGUUUUCGUGGAAUUUUGCAAGAAACAACAAUCAGCAUUAGAAGCUAUUCCGAUCCUCUUGAAAUCGCCUGACGCAAGAGCAAUCUAUGCUCAAUGUUGUGCUUCCACUCACGCAAGAGGAAUGACCUUAAACUAUUUCAUCAUGAUCCCACUAGGAAGAGUAACAAGAUAUCCUCUACUUGUAGAAAAGAUGUUGAAAGAAACCAAUAAGAUUUAUGUCACAGUACAUCAAGAUCUCGACUAUGCUUUACAAUUACUACGAGCUCUUGUGUCUGAAGUGAAUCAGGCUGUCAAAGAGAUGGACACUGUAUCUCUCCUAUGUUGGGCGCAACAACAUGUUCGCUGCCCAAGUCUGCAUCCUCCGAUAGAGUUCACUUCGAAAACAAGAUCCUUAGGCAGUCGAUCGUAUCUACACUCAGGAGUACUUUAUAAAGUCAGAAGUGGUAAACUCCUUGUAGGAAUUCUCUUCAAUGACUUCCUCAUAUUGUGCACCCCGGAUGAAACGAUCAGCGAUCCCGAUAGCUUCAAAAUUUCCCGAUCUCUUGAUGUAAAACUCACGCUAUACAAGCAGCCUUAUCUAUUGGGCAAGCUCUCACUAGAGUUGAUCAAAGACAACGAACUUCAGUUCAUAAUCAAAUAUGGUGAUGAGUCGGUUCAUCUCCGUUGCCAAUCUCGUAAUGCUACAAAAAUGUGGACGAAAGAAAUACAACAAGCAAUUGAUCUUCAUGAUAUCGCUAUGUCCGAAUUGGAAAACAAUCGACGUUUGGUCUCUAGUACGGUUAAAGGUAGACUACUUAUCGAAAUUCUCAGCAUUCAGAAUGUAAAUGGCAAAAAUGUUGGAUCUCCACCUCACCUGUUUCACUUAACCCUCGGUCCUGUAACCGAAAAAAUUGAUGCUGAUUUGUCCAAACAAGACUUGGGAUUGACAUCUCAAUUCCCGUUUAGCUCUAUUGAUAGUACUCUCCAUAUUGCUCUCUAUCAAAAGCGUUUGUUCUGCCCAGACAUUCCAGUACUCGAGCAAGCAACCGUAACUCUACGAGACUUGAUCAAUGAAACAUCCAAACUACACGGACCUAUCACCAAAAAGAUGCGACUACGUACAGGCACACAUGGAAAGAACACAGAAACUGUGAUAGUCAAAUUCGCUGUGCAAUUAUUCCAAUCAGACAUGUAA